CCUCAGCUGGUGAAGAAGGAGCGUCGCCAGAGCUCGUCCCGCUUCAGUCUGACCAAGAACAGAGAGCUGCAGAAACUACCUGCACUCAAAGCUCAUCAAAGCUGCUUUUGCAUCUUCUUGGUUCAGUUCAAUCUAACUCAGGUGUGUUUGUCAAGUUGUGUCAUUUGUUCAGGUUGAUGGAUGUGAAUUAUACUGUGGUGCAGAUUAAAUAAUAUAUUUUAAAGCUUGUUGAGUUAGCAUCACCUAGCAACUCUUAGCAUCCUCUUUUUUUUAAACUAAUUGAGACAAGACUGUACCUAUCUCUUUCUACACACUGCUAUUACAUUGUGUCAGUCAUUUCGUAUAAUAGUAAAAUUCAAAUGUUCAUGAUCAGUUUGUCUUUGUGAAAUCCUUUCAGUCAUGUGACGUCUUGUUUGUGCUGUUGCUAAGUUUGUUUGUGUGAAGCUGAAGCAGAGCACAACUAGCAGACAGCAUUGAUUUAUUGAAGAAAAAACGUCUAAACUGUGUUUUCCAGAAGCUGCAGCAGUGAUGAUUUUGAGUUUCUCAUUUAAUCCGUCAAAUCUGGCUGCUAAAAUAGUUUGUCAACACUUUGACAGGCAGGAGGCCACAGAGCGCAAGUAUGUUUUUUUUUUUUAUUCUGUGAAAAGACCAUCACACAUGCUGUCUACAGAUUUUCAAACACUUAUAGGGUCUGAGAAGGUUUUGAAAUGUGGGAAAUCUGUUUGGCUGUCCUUUCUGUUUGUGAAAGCUGGGCAGGCUGUCAGCAGAUGUUCUCCUGUGAAGUAACUUGCUUACAAUGAGCUGAGCUUUCCUUUCUAGUGGGGACCAUGAUUGUGUGAAGCCUAGUCUGCUCAUGUGGUGUCGGCUCAUUUCCACUUCUCCUCCUCAGACUCCCCCCUGGUUGAUCGUGAAGAGCUUUUUGUCCAGAAGCUGCGUCAGUGCUGCGUGCUGUUCGACUUUGUCAGCGACCCGCUCAGCGACCUUAAAUACAAAGAAGUGAAGAGAGCGGGACUCAACGAGAUGGUCGAGUACAUCACACACAACAGUGAUGUGGUGACGGAGUGCAUCUACCCUGAGGCCGUGCUGAUGUUUUCAGUAAACUUGUUUCGAACUCUUCCUCCGUCCUCCAAUCCAACCGGAGCUGAGUUUGAUCCUGAGGAGGACGAGCCGACCCUGGAGGCCGCCUGGCCUCACUUGCAGCUUGUCUACGAAUUCUUCCUUCGCUUCCUGGAGUCCCCAGACUUCCAGCCAAAUGUUUCCAAAAAAUACAUUGACCAAAAGUUUGUUAUGUCGCUGCUGGAGCUGUUUGACAGUGAGGAUCCCAGAGAGAGAGACUUCCUCAAGACAAUCCUCCACCGGAUCUACGGCAAGUUCCUCGGCCUCCGUGCCUACAUCCGCCGCCAGAUCAACAACAUCUUCUACAGAUUUAUUUACGAGACAGAACAUCACAAUGGCAUUGCUGAGCUUCUGGAGAUACUGGGCAGCAUUAUCAAUGGCUUUGCUCUACCACUCAAAGAAGAACACAAGAUGUUUCUGAUCCGGGUUCUGCUGCCACUUCAUAAAGUCAAGUCUCUGAGUGUCUACCACCCCCAGCUGGCAUAUUGUGUGGUCCAGUUCCUAGAAAAAGACAGCGGUCUGACUGAGCCGGUAAUCAUGGGUCUGCUCAAGUUCUGGCCCAAGACUCACAGUCCAAAGGAGGUGAUGUUCCUGAACGAGCUGGAGGAGAUCCUGGACGUCAUCGAGCCAUCAGAGUUCGUCAAAGUCCAGGAGCCACUCUUCAGACAGCUCUCCAAGUGUGUGUCCAGCCCUCACUUCCAGGUGGCAGAGAGAGCUCUGUAUUACUGGAACAAUGAGUAUAUCAUGAGCCUUAUCAGUGACAAUGCUGCCAAGAUUCUCCCCAUCAUGUUCCCUGCCCUCUACAAGAACUCCAAGAGCCACUGGAACAAGACGAUUCACGGUCUGAUCUACAACGCUCUGAAGCUCUUCAUGGAGAUGAACCAGAAGCUGUUUGAUGACUGCACACAGCAGUAUAAGGCUGAGAAACAAAAAGAGAAAUAUAAGCUGAAGGAGAGGGAGGAGAUCUGGCACAAGAUAGAAGAGCUGGCCAGACAAAACCCUCAGAGCAAUAAACUUCACCCUCUCCGCCCUGGACUACACCCACAGGACGAGUACAUGCUGUACAGUGACAGUACUACUGUGACUGUGUACUCCAUGGAAACAGAGACUCCAACGGCUGAAGACAUCCAACUGCUAAAAAAGACCGUGGAGAGCGAGGCCUCUCAGGGUACGAAGGAUCUGAAGAAGGACAAGGUUCUGAUGAGGAGGAAGUCGGAGUUGCCGCAGGACGUCUACACCAUCAAAGCUUUGGAGGCUCACAAAAGAGCCGAGGAGUACCUAACAGCCAAUCAGGAGGCUCUCUGACCGGGGGAGGCGGCCCCCUCUGAGCCCAACUCAACCCCCCUCCAGUAUGGUCUCUCUGGGGAGGAAGUUAAAGCUGUCAUGGAGAAACUGGUCCUGGGUCAGAUCAGGAUGGAGCUGAUGCUGUGUUGGAAAGAAAACAAAAAAAAAACUACACCUCCUCACCUCUGACCCCUGGUGGCCAAUCACAUGUAGGACACUGUAGAAGCUGUUUGUCCCAAGUGCUGUCUCAGUGUUUCAGUGGUCACAUGGCGAUGACAUCAUCAGCUUCAUGUUGCACUAACACCUUCACCUGCAAAUACCUGCUACUGUCUGUUUUCAACCAGUGCAGUUGGAACUAGCUCUUCGACCUGAGAGACAGAAGCUCCUGAAUGCAUCACAAAAAGGCCUUUUCCAAUGUAGUGACUUAACCACCUAAGAACUACUGGAUGGUCUGGGUCUGAGUCUGCUUUGUGUCCAUCAGGCAUCAAAAUGUACCAAUUCAUCUCUUUUCCAGCCUCCGUCCAAAUGCUGGUUUACAUGUUGGAUGCUUUUUUGAGUUGUUUGCUGACCGUUAUGUUAUGCAUUCAAACAGUGAUGGAAAUAGAAAGCAUCCUUUUAAUGGCUGCAGUUUGCUUUUCGGCAGGAACUGAAGCAGCAAGACGGUUUAUAGAGAAACAUGCUGAUGUUUAGAAAUGGCAUGUAAACAAGAAACAUCAAGAGUAGCUGCUUCCUUCUACUAAACCAUCAUAAAACCAGACCUUUAAAACCUUUGAAUGACACAAAGUGACACAGAGAACCCAGAAACUUCCAGGAUCAGUUUCUGAGAUGAUCCGUUUCCUGCAGUUGGGAAAAGCUCCAACACAUCAUGUCUGUGCUAUGACACCUAAACACAGCACCUGUGAUUUCACUGCCUCGCUUGGUCCUCCUCACACAAGAGCCCCGCCCCCUCCACUUGACGUGAUCACUGAUCUGUCAGCAUGGACCUGAGGUGGACUGCGGGCUGAAGCAGCUUCAGAUGGACUGACGAUGAAGAUGAUGUUAAAGACGGGGAGACACAUGAAUGUAGACGUCCAAUUAAAUCCAGCAGGACCAGCAGGAACCAACUGAACAAGAGCUUGACUCCAACUGCUACUUAUUUCUUAUUUCAUUUUACUGUGCGAUGAUCAUGAUGUCAUCGUGUUUAAACCAAUGAGAGAAGCUGUUUGCACGAGGAAAUCAUGUCAGAAACUGCUUUAGUGUUAUUUUGUUGUUCAAAAAACAAAACUGUUGUGAACUGAACUGAACUGAAAACUGAAUGUUUCUGUGUGUAGCCAUGUCUCGUCAGGUUGACACAACAAAAGGCGUAGAGGUUGUAGGAAAUUAUGCAAACAGUUAAAGAAGCUUUUGGUCUUAAUGUUUGGGUGUGUAAGCACAACUCUCUCAUAACAAAGACACAAUAUGAUGAGUUUGAAUGCUGUUACGAGAUCUCUGGUCAGUUGUCCUCCCUCAGACUGAAGCUGUGACAGGUUCAGACCUGUAAUUCAAGAAGAUUUGAUUAGACAGGCACAGAAAGUUAAAAAGUGUUAUUAUACUCAGAAUCAGUCUAGAGACCAUGUUUGAAGGUCUCGUUGUAGACUCGGAUGAUUACGGCCGCAACCUUAAUGGUGUUUUAACAUCUAAGCAAGUGACACGCCCGCUGCACACAAGUUGAUGAUUUUUCAGUGAUAUUAAUGGUCUUGGUCUUGUCUCGGCCUCAGAGCACUCUGGUUGCGGGUAUGUCUUUGUCUCGGUUAGUAUGGUCUUGACUACAACACUAACUGAACAGUCCAGGUGCUCUGUUUUUUUUUACAGGACAUAAUGACCCCACGUCUGGUUUGACGGGAGAAAUGGUUAAAACUUCAGAUUAUUUCAAAAAGCAAGCAACAUGUUAUGUUAUGUAUCUACUGUAUAAUCAUCAAUCUUUAUUUGUAUAGCGCCAAUUCAUAACAAAUGUUAUCUCAAGACACUUUACAAAAAGAGCAGGUAAAAGACCUUGCUCUUUUUUAUGUUACGUUACAAAGACCUAACAGUAAUCCACCAUGAGCAAAGUUACAGUGUGAAGAGAAAAACUUACUUUAAAAAGAGGCAGAAACCUCGAGCAGAACCAGACUCAUGAUGAACGACCAUCUGCCCAAACAGUGUUGGGCUUGGAAUGUGGGAAAGUGGGAUAGAGGGAGAAGCAAGAGAGUGGAAUUAAGACCCAUCAGCGCUGGGAAACCUACACGUUUCAGAUAAGAGUUCACUAUUCUGGUCACCUCACUGCUGAAUUUAAGAUUAAAGUAUUUCAGAGUCUCUCCAUCAUGUUCUGCUGCCUGCAGACUCAGAUUCCCAUGAUCCUCUGCUUUUUACAGUCAUUUUACAUGUAAAAUGCUGCGUCACAUUUUUGGUCACAAUGUCAUAUUAGAGAAUCUAAAAAAAAUGUUUCAAGCCAUUUACUUACAUAAAUUAUUAAGAACAUUAAGAACAUGACAGCAUUUUGUUUAGGAAAUUAAAUCAAAGUGUCAAUAAAGUGCCCUCAGUAAAUACAAACAUUAAAGGUAGUACAAAGUGCUUUUCUUAAUUUAAACAUUAAUAUGUUUGGAGUUUCUUUAUCUCAACUCCCAAGUCUAAAAACUGUCAUCUAAAGGAUUUAAUUUUAGCCUCUAAAAAAGAUGAAUGUCCUAAAAGCACAAAUUCUCUAUUACAAAUCAUUCCAAAAUAAUGCAUCCUGGGAAAAACGCACACAUAAUGCAACUUUUUAAAUUUAAAGAAAUGUAAUCUACAGGUUUCUUUCAUUCUUAAGUACCCACUCUUCUCUGUACUUGUUUUUAAUUAACAUAAUUUUUUUAUAUUGUGACACUGACCCAUCUAACCGUACUGCAUCACUGAACCUAUCAGUAGAACAACUGUGAAGCCGUAGCACAGAUUCAGUUGUCCCUAAAGAAACAUUCACAGACAGUUUAACGUAAAUAUUUAAAAAGAUAAUGUCUCUCAAUUCUUAAGGUGGCUCGUGUGGAGAAGAGAGAUGGAAUUUCUGCGUGUGGUUUUUGUUGUACUAUGACUUGGCUCUUUGCCACGCCCCCUCACACAGACCACACCCACCAUAAUGCUGAAGCCUUUAUUCUUUAAUGUGUAUUUCUAUGUUCUUGCUGUUUUUAACUAUUUGAACAUUCCCCCUCUGCAGUUUGUCUUAUUGCCAUCAUGUGAUUUGCUGUCAAUUUAAGACUAGUUGCCAAGACUGGCGCCAGGCGUCAAAUCGUAACAAUAAUGAAAGGCAUAAAGCCUAGUUAUAUGUUUAUUAGCAACAUGUUCACACAUGAUUUCCUUAAGCGCCCACGAAGGUUCAUCGAGAAGGGAGCAUGUCUAAAUUGUUCCUGACCGACACCAGAAUCUUUAAGGAACUCGUGGUUAUCAACAGAAAAUGGAGUAGUUGUUACUUUUAAGAUCUGGAUCAUUCAGCUUCUUAUUUCCCACUCGAGAAGAAGGAAAAAAAUCUCGUGUCAGAAAGUGAAAUGUCAAAGGAUACUUAGUUGUGCCCUGCAAAUAUGAAGAGCUGACGAGCUGAAAUGACAAUUUAUUGUCAUGUAGCUCCUCUGCAUACACAUCUGAGAAAUGACAAGUUAAAGUUUUAAGACACUUAACAGUGCUAUAAUCUGGUGACUCUCAGGUAAUCCUCCAGUUUUUAAUCUCCUUGUAUCCCAAACUCACCCCAACCCAAAUCUGUUAAGCAGAAUAUCAUAUCUGUGAUGCCGGGGUGUUUGAGCACAGCAGAUGCUGCUUAUGAUCUGAACAGUUUUCAGCAGUUCUCUUUCAGAUCAUCUUAUUCCUAGAUCAAAAAUGACACGUUUGAUUCCUGAAAACUUAAGACGAUGGAGACUUUGCAAAUGCUCAGAACAUGAUAAAUCUAUUUUCCUAAACAUUGUGAGGAGCUCUAAUGAAGAGAGGCUGGACACAAAGGUCAAAGUAUUUGAUGAAAGAAAAAAAGAAACAUGGCGGUGAUCUCUUCACUCGAGUCUUGACACGUAAACCUGAACGCUGCUUCCUGUCAUCUUGUACAUAUGUUGUACUUUAAUUAGAGCAUUACAUAGUGUGAAAGUGUGAUUUUGUACAGAUGCCGACGUAUGUACAGAACAAAAUACAAAGAAAUAAAGAGGACAUGUUUGACAAUCA